AGCUGCAAGUUCAGUGAAGGGUGGCAGAGGCAUUUGCGUGCUGCCUGCAAUGAUCUCAUGGAUAUCAAGCAAGCUAAAGCAGUGAAAGCUUUACGGAAGUAGGACCGUGCUGGCUCCAUCGCUGCGACGGCCCCUGCCGCUGUUGUCAAUAUCUUACCACCUCAGCCUCGCUCUGCACACCUGGAUCUCACCGAACAACAAACCCAGACCAUGGCAGGCAACUCUGAUAACGAGCGGCCAUCUCGGCGAGAGAACCGUGACCAUGUUGACCCUAUCCAAAACCCGCAAAGUGCGAAACCACAAUAUGGUCUAGCAGGAGCUGACCGCAACCCAUCUCCUCCCCAGUUGUCGUACUACAGAGCUCCCCGCAGCAUACGUGAACCCCAACCUCAUGGUCAUACAGCCACUCCUCCGGAUUCUAACGUUUACGGCGCUCCACCCUUUCCACCGACGCAGUCACCUUACUACUGUAAUUACCCAACUGAAACCAUGAGCUCACAUACGCAGAAGCCUAGAGCUUAUUUCCAUCCGCAGCUGGGUUCGACAGAUCGGUUUGAUGGGAGAUCUGGAUACCGAGGAUCGAGUUUGAAGGAGGGGGUAUCGAACUCGUCGGGUCCAGUACCGAGUCAGCGCAGCACAUCUGCUCUUAGUCGUUUCACCACGCUAGAAGAUGAGUACGCAAGCUUGUAUCGAAAACGCCAUGAGAUUGAUGUACGAAUGGAGGAUAUCAAGAGGAGCCUUACAGCAGAGCGAUACACUGCUUUGAUGGCAGAGCUGGAUCCCCAGGAGCUUGCAACGUUGAAAACAUGGUCAGAUAACGCCGACAACUGACAGAAAUGUGAUAGGCUUUGCUUGGUAUAACUUGGG